UCCGAUUUACAACGCUUCUACCUACGAAACACACGACGACUUGGAAGUUCACACAACGAAUCCGCCUCUCACAUCUGUCAUCAUGGAUCAACAUAUCAAUACUGGAAGCCGUCUCACUCUACCUCCCUUAUCCCACAUCAACGACAACGACUCAAUCAUGGAGGGCGCCGAAGACACUGCUGGCGGUACAUCACCUGUGGCUCAGUCGCAUCAUACUUUUGGAAACUCACCUGCUCCCGAUACACCCACCACGCAUGUCAACGUCUUUGAUGUUCCGGACGCUGUCGACGCACCUUCACCCGUACCCGAACCGCUCUCGCCUGUUCGUCCACCUCCACCACCAGCCUUGACACCCGCCCACGGAGGGUCAAUUGACGGGGAUGAAGAAGAGGACGACGAGGAUGAUGCUAGAAGUCAUAUCGGCGACGAGCGAGCAAGAAGCUUCUAUCCCUUCCAGGAAGACAAGAGUAUUCCAGAUGCCGAGGAGCUGAGGAACAUACGAGCGAACGUCGAACACAGUGCUCUGGACGACCUUCAUUGGCAAUCGGAGACCUUCUUCGAUUUACAAGAUCCCGAAUUCGUGCCCAGAGAGCAGGGCAAAAUUGAGUGGACAGUCAAAGACUUCAACGGUACAAAGGACAACCCUAGAAAGAGUCUCCUGCUCGCUUCAAACAUCGUUCGUGUCGGUGGCUACGACUGGAGGAUCAAAUUGCUGCCACAUGGCAACAUGCAAACCGAUCGUCUUAGUCUGUACGUCGAAAAUGUCUCGGUUCAGUCAUCAACGUCGCAGGAGUGGCCAGAGGAUCAGCUGCCUCUACCUCUACUAGGCAUCACCAAGGUUAUGAAACCCAUGUCUGUCGCUGCGCAGAUAUCAAUUCUUAUCUACAACCCGGAAGAGCCUCUUGUGAACGAGUUCAAGGCAGAUGCCUCUCAGUUCUCUCCAAAAUAUCCUGACCACGGCUGGACUCGCUUCACGAGCCUGCCAUGGUAUCAAAUUCAUCGUCGCUCUUAUGCUCAGCGACAGCCUCUCCUCCGCAAUGACACUCUAGCCAUCAAAGCAUUCAUCCGUGUGAUCGAUGAUCCCACUGGCUGCUUGUGGGCUCCCAAAGACUUGCCAAAGCUAGCUUUGACUGCCCUGCAUCCAUUUUCCGACGACUGGCGCGAGUCCGCGAUCUUCCCCGUGUUGGCCUUGUGGCUGCAUUUGCGUCCUUUUCGCCAGGUGCUGUACAAGCUCGGAACCAUCGAUUUGUUCGCCAACAAGGGUGACAGCAUAGUCACUGAGCUCCAGUGGAUCCUGUCGCGUAUGCGAUCCAGAGUCGAUUACAAGAAAGGUCUUACCCCUUGUAAUGGAAAUUUCAUCAAUGACCUCCUUUUGAAAAGAGGCCCCCACAGGCGCAUUCAUGCUAUGGAUGCCAUGCAGAUUAUGGAUGCAAUCCUCACUGACAUGAAAGUUGGACUCGAAGAACACAAAGACGCUCUCGAGAACCUAACCAAUCUGUUCGGAACAGACUCCUUCUCUGGCAAUCGGUUGACUAAACGAUCGAUUGUUGGUAAGACUUCGAUGCAAGAAAUCGUUGACGAAGAUCUACCUGAAGUGCUCCUUGAAAGCGAAAUUCUCACUCUUGAACUCGAGCGUCAGGUCUUCGAUUCGGGAAAACGCAUUUGGAAGAAGCGUCUCGACAAAGUGCGUCUGGACGAUCAGAUCACAGUUGCAGACGGUUCCACAUACACGCUGUAUGGUUUUGUCGCGCAUGAAGGGUACCUGCGCAACGGCGAAUACACAAGCCAUUUCCGCCCUGGUGGUCUCGGCGGUCUAUGGUAUACAUACAUGCACAAUAAGGACCCUGUAUGCCAAACCAGAGCACAGGCCAUUGCAUCAAGGGAAGGUGUUUUAGCUACCUCGACAGACUCUUCUGUAGCUAUCGAAGAGCCAGUUGUAUCUUCUGACUGCCCUAUCGACUACAUUCAUCCUCAAGAUCAGGCUGAUGCGGUAGCCUAUGUGGUUGUCUACGUGCGCAAUCCCGACACUUUUGACCUCGCUGCGAGGGAGCCAUGGGAUUUGCCACAGUGGGUUCUCAACUUUUACCAUCCAAAGCUCGGAACGGGUGACGCUGAAAGCGUGAACGAGAGUGUCAUGUAUGAGGACACAACAUCAGACGGCGAAGACGAGGAAAUGAACGACCCUCCCACUUCCCAGACUCCCACAGCACAGUCACCAGCCGAUGUUCUGGAGGAGGUCACGAUGAAUUACCUCUCAAACCCUUUCUACGAAGGACAUGUCAACAAACGCUGCGAAUAUCACGGCUAUGGCCACCUGAUGUACCUCAACGGCGACGAAUACUUUGGCAGUUUCAGUGAAUCUCAGCGCUCCGGAUAUGGCAAGAUGCUUUAUGCAAACCGCGAUACUUACGACGGCCAAUGGGCGCAAGACCAGCCACAUGGCGAGGGUACCUACACAUACCAUCGUACUGGCAACGUCUACACCGGCAACUGGCAGGAAGGUAAGAGAUUCGGCACGGGGACCAUGCACUACAAGGUCAGCGAAGAGGAGGCCAAGCUGUGUAGAAUUUGCUAUGGGCAGGAGGCAGAUGCAGCAUUCUACAAUUGCGGACACGUAUGUGCUUGCGUUGAGUGUGCGAGACGAUUGGAGGAUUGUCCUGUCUGCAGACGCAGGAUCAAGGAUGUGGUCAAGCUGUUUUAUUCUACU